UUUGGAAAUGGGUGUGACCUCAUACGUCGUUAGAGUUACUCAAUGUGACAUUAUCACGCCUUUACUUAAUCCGACCCAAUUGCUCUGUCCGGGAUUUUGAGCCCACAGACGAGUUUACAACGAGAGGCAGCUGGAGACAACAAGCAAUAACGAAACUUGAGAUUUGCCUUAGAAAAGGUGAGGAAGCUCUACUCGACCUCAGCAGCUGCUGGUCAUGGGGGACAUCAAGAAAGGGAAGAAGGUGUUUGUGCAGAAAUGUUCCCAGUGUCACACAGUGGACGAAGGGGGGCGGCACAAGGUGGGACCCAACCUGUGGGGUCUUUUCGGGAGGAAGACAGGACAGGCAACCGGCUUCUCCUACACACAGGCCAACAUUGAUAAAGGCAUAAUAUGGGACGAGGAGACUCUGAAUGUUUACCUUCAAAACCCAAAGAAGUACAUUCCUGGUACCAAGAUGAUCUUCAGUGGGAUCAGAAAGAAAAAGGAAAGACAGGAUAUUAUAGCCUAUUUAAAGGAUGCCACCUCCUAAUACACUGACAACAUAGAACCCACAUACAGCUGUGGACAGAGGAAAAACACUGUACAUUGACAGAAAAAGAACAAAGUGUGAUCUUUGUUUUAAUUUUGAGUUCAUAAUUUACAAUAUUUAUACGACUACAUUUUGUUACAUUACAACAUUGCUGCCAUGCUGUGUGUAGGAGGCUGUUUUUAAUUAUUAUUCCUGCAGCUAAAGGAUUUUGCAGGCACUUCUCAGCAGGGCUUUUUAAGGAGGCAGCCUUCCUCUGGGCUUUUCUAACCGUUUAGAAAGUUGUUUACCUAAAAACUUUACUGCCACUUGCACAGAAACUGUGGUUUCACACACUUUGCAUUUUAGCCACUUUAACUCUUACCGCUUAACAAAACUGUUUUUUAAGCUUAUUUUUCUAUUACAUUAUGUUUACUACUUGUUAAGUAUCUUACUGUUUACAUAUAGUUUCCUUCUGUGGUAUAAAAAUGGGUAAACUUUUAUAAAGUGUUUGUAUUAAACUGUGCUGAACGGA